UCCCGCUGCCUGAGGGCCACGGGUGUCGCGCCCGAAUUUGCAGCCGAACGAGGGCUUUUGGGGUCCCUCGGUGGCGGGCGGCGUAACCUCCUUUUGAGGGCUGAGUUAAUGUUUCGUAGUAGUUCGAGGCCGCGUCCCUGCGUCCUGCGCAAAGGGCAGGUCGCUUCCAGGAACUUGCAAGGCUUUCUGGCCGGUUCAGGUUCAAGCGCCUGUUUGUCUUGCUUAGUUCUGUUGGGCGCCAAGGUAGGGUUUGCCUUCCCAGCCUGAAGUCUUUGCUCUCUUGCUUUACAGUAUGAAAACCCCUGGACGAUCCCAAAUAUACUCUCGAUGGCAAGAAUGGGUUUGGCGCCAGUUUUAGGGUAUUUGAUCGUUGAAGAAAACUUCCGUGUUGCACUAGGUGUCUUUGUUUUGGCCGGCAUAACGGAUUUGCUGGAUGGAUUUAUUGCACGAAACUGGGCUAAUCAGAAAUCAGCUUUGGGAAGUGCUCUUGAUCCUCUGGCUGAUAAAAUUCUCAUCAGUGUGCUCUAUGUAAGCCUAACUUGUGCAAAUCUUAUCCCAGUUUCACUUACUUCCAUGAUUAUUCUGAGGGAUGUAGCGCUCAUUGCUGCUGUUUUUUAUGUGCGAUACAAAACUCUUUCUCCACCGAGAACACUCAGUAGGUAUUUUAACCCCUGUUAUGCUACUGCCCAAUUAAAACCAACAUUCAUUAGCAAGAUGAAUACAGCAGUUCAGCUAAUUUUGGUGGCAGCUUCUUUAGCAGCUCCUGUUUUCAAUUAUGUGGACAGCAUAUAUCUGCAGACAUUAUGUUUUCCUAAGCCUCUUUGAAAAGCACCUGAAGAAAUCGGUGAUUCCUGCUAGAUUAUAGGAAGGAAGGGGAGGGAUUGAAUGAAAACGGGCAUACAGGAGCAUACCACCUUAAAUAAUGGCUGUUCCUUUCACUGCUGUCAUUGGAGAUCUGAACUGUAUCUGAAUCUGAAAUGUAGCGGGUGUUAUAAGUGCAGUUAUUUCUCCUGAGCAGUUAGGUAAGAGUUCAGAACAGAGGCUGAACAGCAGAUAGCAGAGUUACUAAGUAGCUUAGUUUAAAGCAGUGGAAAAAUGACUGUUAUUUGUCUUUUAGGAAAAAAAACCAACCAACCAAAAAAACCGCAAAACCCAAAGCUUUUAAGGAACUAGGAACGUUGAUCUUAACAGUCAAUAUGGUUUUUCAUCCUGUUGGAAAGACAAAUCUAGAAUUACAUCUGUUAGAGAUGCUUACCUUGCUGCUUAUCUGGGACUCUGAGAGAGUUACCCUGUUGUGAGAAAUGCUGGGUGUAACUUACCAGGGUCCUCUCUAAACACUCUCAAAAAUGACCUGGAUGAGUCUGGCAGUGUGUCCAGGGAGGGGCAGAGCUGUAGCGGUGACUCACAUCUGAAUGGUGUCAGCCUUUGACGCAGAGGAACACUGCUCAUUUAGAAAUAUAUAUAUGGUGGUUACCCAGCUUCUGGGAAGGGAACAAAAGGGGCCGAAGCUGAAACUUGGGAUUUAGCUUUGGAACUUGGUAAAAUGAUAAGUUCAAGUCUUGUAUGAUUUGAGUCCUCCCCAGUCAUACUACCAAGGGAUACUUUCUCCCAUCAGUCAGUUCUCAAGCUGGUAAAAAUGAUAUAGGGUACAAAUACUGAAACAGAUCUUUUGUCUUCCCUUCUCUAAACCAAGUGCUAAUAUGGUAAAAAUUUGGCCUAGUAUGCAAUUACGCUGAAACAUGCUACUUAGCGCUGGAUGGCAGUUCCUUUGUUUAUUUAAUCCUCCACUUGGUGCUGAAUUUCAGCAUAUAAACUGUAAACUGCAUUUCUGUAGGACAUAGUCCUUGACUGUGUCAUGAAAAAUAGGGAAGACUCUUACAAAUAACACUUUUUAUUAUUGUACUUAGACUCAAAUGACUUACAGGAACUA